AUGAAUGUUGUAAAGAUACUCGUAAACCAUAAUAUAGAUAUCUAUGCAGUAGACACAGAGGAGGGAAAUGCAUUACACUUGGCAGCAUCAAAAAACACUGUGGAUGUUAUAAAGAUGCUCUUAGACCAGAAUAUAGAUAUCUAUGCAGUAGACAGAGAGGAGGAAAAUGCAUUACACUUGGCAACAUCAAAGAACACUGUGGGUGUUAUAAAGAUGCUCUUAAACCAGAAUAUAGAUAUCUAUACAGUAGACAGAGAGGAGGAAAAUGCAUUACACUUGGCAGCAUCAAAGAACACUGUGGAUGUUAUAAAGACGCUCUUAGACCAGAAUAUAGAUAUCUAUUCAGUAGACAGAGAGGAAAGAAAUUCAUUACACUUGGCAGCAUCAAAGAACACUGUGGAUGUUAUAAAGAUGCUCUAA